AUGGCUCCAAGAUUGCGCAGCGCGCUCGCAAAGAGCCUGUCGCGUCCACUGGAUAUCAGCGCUGUCUUUUACUGCCCCUCGUGCGCGAUCUGGCGACGAACCUUGUCCGCGCGCGCCUACACCAGUCGCAGCAUCGACAAACCCGACACAUCUCGACGAGUCGCCAGAGCUCAAAACACAAUCGCAGCAUCGGCUCCCCGGACAUUUACCACAUCCUCUAUUAUUACUGCGAGGAGCGUGCCGCCACGGUUCAAAGAGCUGCACGCCGCACUCGAAGGAGUGAAGGAUGCCGCCUUGGAAGAGGUGAACCUCAGUCGGCUGCAAUUUGCACUGCGGGGAUUGGAGUCUGAAACGCCUCUUAUUAGAGUAGCUGUUCUUGGAUUGAAUGAUGCCACCUCUGCACGAAAGCUUGUUCGACUACUACUUGCCGACCCAUUGGCACCCCGGGAAGGUUGGGAAGACAUCCUCGACUCAUACGAUGCCGAUUCAUCCCGAGGACUGCUGAUCAGAUAUGGCGAAAUCUCACAAUCCAUCCCCAAUGACCUGCUACCGACCAUAUCAGUGCCAUCGCCCAUCCUGAGGAAAGGAAACUUGGAGAUCCUAGUCAGCACUCUAGGCUCUGAGCCUGACAACCACGCCACUACGUUACACGCCGACACCUUCCUCGUCCCAACAGUUACCAUCCAGACCUCGCACUCCGGUCGGCAUAAUUUUGUUCGGUAUCCUGUGCACCGCACGAUCGUAUGCGGACGUGGAGUGGAUGGCCUGCUAUCGUACAGCACAAUGAUAGGUCGGGCAGACCUGAAAAACGAGGCCUCUUCAGUGCGCGGGGCCAUUGAACUUGCAGUGGCAGACCAGAAGUCCACAAACGAGCGACUGUCCCUGGUAGAUGUCGAGCGUGCCAGCACAGCACUGGAUAAAUUCCGUGAAUCUGUCCACAAUGCCUCCGACUACGAACGUGGGUGGAAUGGCAGUGGCGUCCAACCUCUCAUCGAUUGGCUUGCAACUUUCUCGGAUGCAUCCAGUGGAAAUGCACUGAAUCCGGCAUUGGUCCCUCUAGUGGAGUCUCUUGUUGACGCAGCCGACGCUAGUGUAAUCGCCAGAGAUGCCAAGGCGCUCCAUGAUCAAACUUCCGGCGUGGCCUCCGAAGAGGUUCGGUCCAACUUGGACCGGGGCGUGACUAGCUGGGCCGAGCGUGCUCACUCUGAGCUUCGCAGUUCCCUCGAUGCAGGGCUGGCCAGUCCUCGCUGGCGUGGUCUUGCAUGGUGGAAACUCUUCUGGCGCGUUGACGAUGUGAGCAUGAUUACAUCCGAGAUCUUGGAACGGAACUUCCUUCGCCGGGCGGAGCAGGAGGUCAUCUGGACCGUGGGCAAACACCAGCAGGCCGGCCUGUUGGAAGAGCCUCCAUCUUCCAUCCCUGACACUGCAAAGGACUCUGCCAUGCCUCCCUGGCCAACCCAGAUUCCCGACCUUCGCACCAAGCUCCUGACUAGCACAGUGCCAUCCCUUCAAGCCCUCGCCCAGAGUCUGGUCCUUUUCACCGUAUCCACCACUACCUUGACGUCUGCUCUUUCCGCCCUAACCUAUGUGGCUAUCCCAUCGGCCGGCGUGUACGAGUCAUGUACGCUUGCCGCCGUGGGUUUGAUCUACUCUAUGCGUCGUCAGCAGAAGAGGUGGGAUGUCGCUCGUACUUUCUGGGAGGAGGAGGUCCGUGAGGAAGGUCGCACCUCGCUGCUAGAAACCGAAGUUGCUCUUCGCAGUAUUGUACGGGAUGGCGGCAAGACUGUCGAGGAGCUAUCUGACACCCGUGCCCGAAAGUCCGUUGCAAGAGCGAGAAAGGCUUUGGAAGACGUGAAGGUGUAA